AUGCAGGCUCUCAAUACUCUGUACACCGAUCCAAACAACCAGGCAAAAGCUUCCGCCAAUGCGUGGCUUCAAAACUUCCAACAGACCUCGGAAGCUUGGCAAACCGCCAACUCUCUGCUCUUGGCCUCCGAGCUGCCCAUCGAACCUCGACUUUUUGCCGCCCAGACCUUCCGAUCGAAAAUCACCUUCGAUCUCGAGCAGGUGCCCAGCGAGCAACGGAUAUCUUUGCGCGAUACCCUCCUCACGGCGCUCUCAGCCUAUGCAUCGGGACCUCGCGUCAUUCAAACACAGCUCAGUCUGGCACUCUCGGGCCUAGCCCUCCAACUUGAUGAGUCCGAAUGGCCUACCGUGGUGCCGGGAAUGAUCGAAAGAUUCGGCUCGAGCCCAGAAGCCGUCCCCGUCCUGCUCGAAUUCCUCACCGUGCUCCCUGAAGAGGUCAUCACCAACCACCGAAUUCCUAUCGACAACGACUUUUAUAAUGCCCGAUGCCACUUCCUGCUUUCGGCUGCGGCAUCCGAGGUUCUCAAACUGCUUUCCAUGUAUGUUCAGGCUUCCGGCUUGACCUCGCAGAUCCAAAACGGUAUCUUUCAAUGUCUGCGGUCCUGGCUCAAGAGCGGCGAGGUGUCGGCAGGUCAGAUGGCCGAGACGCCUCUCUUUGACUUGUCAUUCGAUGCGCUCGCGUCGGACGAGCUCUUUGACGUGGCAACCGACGUCGUCUGCGACCUCAUCAACGAAACGCAAGAGGUAGAGGAGAACAUGCAGGUGAUUCAACGCGUGCUGGCGCGCCUCCAUCCUCUGCGCCAAGAGUUGUCCUCCGCUGGUGACGACGAGGACAAAGUGCGAGGGCUCUGUCGUAUCUUUGUCCAAGCGGGCGAGGCUUACCAUCGCAUCAUUGUGCGUCACCAGAACGAGCUUUUCCCAAUCGUCGAAGCCAUCGCCGAGUGCACGGCGUAUCACGAUCUCGACAUCGUCCAGAUUACCUUCCGCUUCUGGUACCUGUUGUCAGGUGCCCUGUCAUACGCGCGUGAUCAGUCCGGAAGCGCUGAGAUUGCACGAUUCUACCCGCUCUACGAGAGGCUGCUCGAAGUCAUCAUCCGGCAUCUCCGUUUCCCUGAUGACCCGGAUGCGCUCACAGGGCAGGAGCGCGACGACUUCCGAUCCUUCCGCCACUUUAUGGGCGACACGCUCAAGGACUGCUGCCACGUGCUCGGUUCACGCCAGUGUCUUUCGCGGUCCCUCGGUAUCAUCCAGGCGACCAUUUCGCAAUCGACACCGCAAACGCUCAAGUGGCAAGAUGUUGAGGCACCGCUGUUCAGCAUGCGUGCCAUGGGCGCCGAGGCGGAUCCUAGGGACGACGAGAUCCUUCCGCAGAUCAUGAAUAUCAUCCCUACGCUUCCUGAUCAUCCCAAGCUCAAGUACGCCGGACUGCUUGUGAUCUCGAGAUACACGGAAUGGAUCGACAAUCAUCCCGAGCAGAUCCCUGCGCAGCUCUCUUACAUCAGCGCCGGUCUGGGAGAAGCCGAAAAGGAUGUUGCAGCUGCCGCAGCACAGGCGAUGAACUUUCUCUGCCAAGACUGCUAUCGCCAUCUCGUGACGUACUUACCCCAGCUCUACGAGUUCUUCCGCUCGGUCAACGACAAACUCGGUCCUGACGAUCUGGUCUCGAUCUCUGAAGCAAUUGCAUAUGUGAUCGCCGGCAUGCAGCCCAACGAGGCACCGCAGGCGCUCAUGCAAUUCGCACAGCCGCUGCUCGAGUCGCUCAGUCAAAUCCUGGCCCUCGAAAACCCGGGCAAGGAUCAGCUGCGCAGAGCAGCUGACAGGAUGGAGCAGCUGGAAAAAAUGCUUGCAGUUGUCGGACCCGAAGUCGCGCGCAGCUUGCCGCAGGCGUGUUCCAAGACCUGCGAUGAGGCGUACUCGGUCGUCGAUCGUGUGCUUGCCUCGCAUGGUCAUCACUAUUUCAUUUCGGAGCGCGCAUGUGGACUGCUUCGACGCGGUCUCCAGCUGUUUGGCCAGCUUGCUGCGUCGACGCUGGUACCGCUUCUGGAGCGUCUGGCAUCGUGCUUCGAGCAAACUGGCAACCCAGGCUACGUGUGGAUCGUAGGCAAGUGCUUCGAUGCGUUUGGUAGGGAUAGCAGUAUGGCCACCGGCGCAGCGCUUCGAGGCGCGUUUGAACGGAUCAACGCCAAGGUGACGCAGUUGAUGGAGAACACGAUGCCCGCCGAGAUGGGUGACGUGCUGGAUGACUACAUCAACACGUGCCUAACUGUUCUACACAGCGCCCCUUCGAUCCUGCUACUGUCGCCACAGUUCGCGCAGGUCUUCCGAGCGGCGCUAGCUGCGCUGACUUUGCUCAAGACAGAGACCGUCUCGACGGCGUUGGACUUCGUACUGGGUGUCGUAGGACACGAUGCACUGAUGAUGCCGGUGACCGGAUCGCAACCGGGUACACCUCUGGCGGCGGCAAAUGCUCAGGGCUCCGACGGGACGCCGUCGAUGGAUGACAUGACAAGCUUCGCAGCAGCCAUCCGACACGUGGUGGGACAACAGGGUUUCCAGCUGGCAUCGGUGCUGCUGAACGGCCUGGUCACGCAGUUCAGUCCCGACGUGGUUCCGGUGGUCAACACGACGCUCAAGGUGAUCUCUUCGGGCUUUGCUCAGGAGAUGGCGGCUUGGGUGCCAGGCAUCGUGGAGCAGCUGCCAACGAGCUACGUGCCAGAGAAGGACAAGGAGGCUUUCCUCAAACGAUACCUGCGCGCCAUCGGUGGUGUCAAGAGCUUGGAGGAGAUCACACAGUGUCUGCGUGGAUUGUUUGCGGCUUCGCGCCAGGCGCGAGAGAGGAGCCGUGCAAACAGGGAAGGAGGACCAGCCGGGUUGUUGGAUCGUUGA